ACAAUGAUUAACUAUGAAGUGACCGUGUUCACUGGCAAUCUGGCCUUGGCCUCCACUUUCAAUAACGUCUACAUUACACUGGUCGGGACAGAUGGAGAGAGCAAACGCAUUGAUCUCACAAGCUGGAAACCAUCUUUCUUCAGAGGGCAAGUAUCUCAUUUUAUUGUGUCCUGCCCCAAAUCCCUUGGAAAGCUGGUGAUGAUAAAGUUAGACAAACAGAAAAGGUUUCUCCAAGACUCUUGGUAUCCUGCCAAGGUGGAAGUGAAAUCCCCUACAAACAAAAUACCACUCCCCAUCUACCACUGGAUUACUGACAGUGAGGUCUAUUGCUUCAGAGAGGGGACAGCUCUCAGAAUCUUUGAUGACAGCAACAGUCAUCUUGGUGGGUGCAGUCGGCAGCAGGAACUUAAGCAGCGACAGAAAGUCUUUUGCUGGGAUGUAUAUGCACAGGUACCGCACUGCAUUAAGGGAAACAGCAUUCAGUCUCUGCCCUAUGAUGUCCAUUUUUCCUUGACCAAGACAGCAGAGAUGAAAUACACUGCAGUCACAGGACUGGUAGAGUUGGAACUGAUUGAAAUGGCUGAGUUAAAGAAAAACUGGACUCACAUAGAUGAUAUUAGUCAUCUUUUAUGCGCUCAUCGAACUCAAGUAACAGACUUUGUUCAUAAACAUUGGAAGGAAGACUCUUUAUUUGGCUAUCAGUUUCUCAAUGGUGUCAACCCCAUGUUGAUCCGAUGCUGUAAAGCACUCCCAAAGAACUUUCCUGUCACUGGUGACAUGGUCUCUCUCCAUGGUCGGGGAAGUCUGGCAGACGAAAUGAUGAAGGGCAACAUCUUCCUGUGUGACUACAAGCUUCUGGAUGGAGUGCAACCAAACACCAUCAACAAAAAGAAGCAGUAUCUGAUGGCUCCUCUUAUUCUGCUUCAGAAAACCCCUGAUAAUAAGCUGAUGCCAAUUGCUAUUCAGCUAAAGCAGAAACCAGCAAAGGACAACCCAAUCUUCCUUCCUACUGAUUCUGAGUAUGACUGGUUGAUGGCCAAAAUCUUUGUGAGAAGUGCAGAUUUCAACUUCUAUGAAGUCAGUGUUCACCUGCUACGCACACACCUGCUGGCUGAGGUUUUUACAGUCUCACUGCUGCGUAACCUGCCCAUGGUGCAUCCACUGUACAAGCUUCUGAUGCCUCACACUCGCUACACACUUCAGAUUAACGUCUUAGCUCGGCAACUUCUAAUAUCUAAGACGGGAGUUUUGACUCGGUAUGCAGCUUCUGGUGGAAAGGGUGUAAUCACAAUCCUGCAGAAAUCGUUAUCCUCCCUGACCUACAGCUCCCUCUGUAUCCCAGAUGAUAUUGCAGAACGUGGGCUGAAAGAUGUACCAAAUUUCUACUACAGGGAUGAUGGAUUGAAGCUUUGGGAAAUCAUCUUCAGGUUUGUGAAAGAAAUUCUCACCUCCUACUACAAGACUGAUGCUGAAGUCCAGAAAGACUCUGAACUGCAGAAGUGGAUUCAGGACAUUUAUGAACAUGGAUUCCUUUCACAAGCAAGCACAGGAAUUCCACAGAAAUUCAGCACUGUGGAUGAGAUGGUCAAGUUCGUCACCAUGGUGAUCUUCACUUGCUCUGCCCAGCACUCAGCUGUCAACUCUGGGCAGUACGACUUUGGGGCCUGGAUGCCCAAUAGUCCUGUCACCUUGCAGCUUCCCCCACCAACUAAAAAGGGGAAAGCAAGUGAAAAAAGCAUGAUAGAUACAUUCCCCAAUAUUCAAACAACAGUUCAUGGCAUGGCCGUCAUGUGGCUACUCAGCAAGCAGUCCUCUGACUCUAUCUUUCUUGGCCAGUACCCAGAGGAGCAUUUCACUGAGGAGGUUCCCUGCCAAAAAAUAAAGGAUUUCCAAGUAGAGCUCAAAAGGCUGAGUGCAGAGAUCAAAGCCAGAAACUCAGUGUUGGACCUGCCAUACACAUACUUGGAUCCUGACGUGACUGAAAACAGUGUGUCCAUUUGAAUAUUAGAAGGCAGCUUCUCUUCCUUUAGUUCAGUAACAAAAACAGAAAAGAAAGUGAAGUUUGAGCUCUGCCUGAAACUCAUUCUAUUGAUUUAACUUUAGUUUACCAGCAAUUUCUAAAAUAUUCUUCUGAGUUAAUACAAUGACCAGGUUUUAUGUUUCAGGUUUUAUGUUUCAUAAUUAGAAAAUAUAUCAGUGGAAAGAGUGUUUCUGAUUUAUAAUGAUUUCUACUUUUUUAAUCAUAAUUUUAAAGCUGUUUCUCUCUUUGAUAAUGAAAAGGUAAAUACGUAGAUAGAAAGCUGCUAGGGUGAGAAGGGUUUUAAGAAAUAAGGUCUCCUUUGCACUUCUCUGGUUUUUAAUUCUCAAUUUUGUUUCAAUACAAGCUUUAUAUAAUCAAUAUUUUUGUCUUAUUGCAGUGUAUUGCAUGAAUCCAUAAAAAGUGUACCUACUUUGAAAUAGGAAAAUUAAUAGCUAUCUAUAUCAUUUUUAGAGAUCAUAGAGAUUUAACACAGAUAUAGACAGACAUGAAUGCAUAACUUUAUGAUGUUUCAUUUAAAAUUCUUAGAAAUUUCUGCCUGUGAAUACAUGAUUUAAAGGGUGAAGAAGGAGCUUACUAUGUUAUUUUUCUGUGUGAACUAUA